UGAAAUUCGUCCAGAAGAUGCUCCGUUACCAAAGAUUGUUGCCGUAGAUUUGCAAGCAAUGGCACCUCUUGAAGGUGUAAUUCAAAUCCAAGGUGACAUUACAAAAGUAUCUACUGCUGAACAAAUUGUUUCUCAUUUUGAAGGGGAAUUGGCUGACCUUGUUGUUUGUGAUGGUGCUCCUGAUGUGACUGGCCUUCAUGAUAUGGAUGAAUACAUUCAAGCACAGUUAUUAUUGUCGGCUUUAAAUAUCACAACUAAUAUAUUGAAACCUGGUGGAACUUUUGUUGCAAAAAUUUUUCGUG